AUUACUUAUUUUUCAUUAUAGUUUUGUUUUAGAAUACUCUCACCUAAACCGGAAUCUUUAAACCGAAGACGGAUAGAUUCACAUCAAGACGCGCGCCCUUUUUUAAGUCGUUAGUCGUUACGUUACAUUUGACCCUUCUUUCUCUAUAUAUAUUCAUUCAAGCCUCACACUUGCUUUCGUUUCCAGAGAAACUAGCGAGAAGGAAAAAGCAAGCAAGCAAGCAAGAAAAAGAAGAAGAAGAAGAUGAUGAUGCAAGAAGAGUUUAAAGACCGUGCGAAUCUGAGCAUCAACGACAUUGAUCUCUCACUCCUCCGCCUCUCCUCCCCACCAACUUACGACUCCUUCUUCUUCUCCCCCGUUUCUCCUCCUCCUGAUAUCAGCCCCUUGAAACGCUCCUCCCCUGUUUCCGACGAAUCCGAUCAUCCCAAACGCAGGAGACUCUCCUCUCAAGACCCAAUCUUCAUCACCUCUCCUCUUCGCUCCUCCACCUAUCAUGAACCCCAUUCCUCCUCUACCAUCGAAGACCCGACUACUCACUACCCGAAUCUCGCCGCUGGCCACAUCCUUUGUUCCCACUUAAGCUCUGUUUCCGAGAAGCAAGAAACGACGCUGUCUGCUUCCAAGACUCCUGAUAAAGAGACGAUGAAGAUGGUUAACACUCACGUGGAGGAGAUCGAUCAAGAAGAGACUACUAACUAUGAUGCUUAUGAGGAGAUCAAUCGCGAGGAGACUAACUAUGAUGCUUAUGAGGAAGAAAAAGAAGAAGAAGAAGAUUGUGGAGAAGGGAUGAGGAUAGAGAGAUCUGGAGAUGGGUUUGUUAUUAGGUUGAAGUGUAGAUGCAAGCUAGCUUAUAGGGUUCUCUUCUCUGAUCACCACCUCUACUUCAAGUCUCUCUAAUCACUUGUGCGUCAUUUAGUUACUAGUAUCUGCUAAACUCGAGGCUUUUUACUUUU